GAUGUGCCGGAUAUUCCAAUCGUAACCAUGCCUCCGGAGGUGGACGCUACAGGAUCGUGGUUCUACGAGCCAUGGGUUUUGAAAUUCGACGCCCUGGAUGCUCUUGGUCUCAGUAAUAGAUCGGUGAUCGACAGUCUCGGGCUUUUUUCCUGGUACACUCCAGCAUCAUGGUAUCGGAUUGCGUUGGAAUUUGUUCAUAACUAUUUCGAUCUUCCAUGGGUCACCUCAAUCAUCUGUAGUAAGUAG